AUGCUCCCCUCUCCGACCCUCAGCCUUACCCUUCCGAGCCUUCACGACGGCACAAUACUUGCCGUACGCGUCUACCACCCCUGGCCAUUGUCGCCGUCCCCGAAAGCCCCGCCAUGGCGCCGUCACGCCGCUGUGGUUGCCCAUCCAUACGCCCCAAUGGGCGGCUCCUACGAUGAUGCCAUCGUCGGCCUCGUCGCCGAGACCCUCUUGCGUGCAGGCUUCCUUGUCGCUACCUUUAACUUUCGUGGCGCACAUGGCUCGGCCGGGAGGACCUCUUGGACCGCAAAAGCCGAACGUGCCGACUACAUGUCCGUCGCCGGCUUCGUCUGCCACUAUGCCCACUUUCUCGACCCCUUCCACCACAGUGCAAUCAACAGCCGACCUAUCACACCCAUCCCCGACACCGAAGACGAAAGACAAAUCACCCCUCCGUCUACGCGACAUGGCCUAUCCCCAUCAUCGCCGCCACCACCGACGCGCAGCACCACCGACAUAAACCCGACAAAUAACCUACCCCCACCCACCUCUCCUCUACCCCCGCUCCUCCUCUUCGCCGGCUACUCGUACGGCGCCAUGAUCACGACCCAGAUCCCCUCCCUCCCGACCAUCCUGCAGCACUUUACAUCCCCCGAAGCCGGGUCCAACGCCGCCGAGAUCCGCCUGCGGGCGCGCAGCCUUGCCGACUCGCAAAACACCAUCCUGGGCGCCGCGCGCCGGGCGGCCGAGCGAGAACGCCGCGGCCUGGGCGACUCGCCGCGCAAAUCUCUAGGCUUGCGCAUUGGUGGAGACGAGGACGUGACCGGCCGUCGCAAGAGCCACGACCGGUCGCCGCUGCGCGCGUCCUUUGACGACGCAGAGGAGAAGCUGCGUCGCGGCGUCGCGGACUUCUUGGCUAAGACUAGCAGGCAUCACCACCACCACUCCCUGUCUGGCCAGGUUGGUGUGCCGCAGAGGGCUGUGAGUACUGGGGGUGGGCGUCGGUCCUUGUCAGACAGGAGGUCCGUGUCUUUGCCAUACGCCGGAAGGCCGCCGAGUGGUCAGGGGGAUGCUUUAGUGCUUGAGGGAGACCAAGAGGAUAAACCAGGUGAGGGGCAGAUCCGGGCCGACGGGGCCGAAGUGAAGAAACUGCCCAUUUUGGAGAGCCCACCGAACCCCAGAACUGCGUAUUUGAUGGUGUCUCCGCCUUUAAGUAUAGCAGGGAACCUGACGGCUCUUUCAUUUUCCCUUCCGGGGCUUACUCGGCGGGCAAAAUCAACGAGAAGGUCUUCCAGCCAACUGCCGACAACAGUCAUGACAGACGGGGAGCUCGACGCAGGGGGAUUAGCAGGGAAUUCCACACAAAAGCCUGUCACGGCCAAGGCUGUCAGGGCAGCCUCGACCAUGGUCCCCCCGCCAAGCGAACUCGAAGAAGCGGACCAGAAGCUCGUCGAAAGUCCAUCUCUGGUCGUGUAUGGUGACAGUGAUGUAUUUGUGUCCAACCGUCGCAUGAGGGAGUGGGCCGCCAGACUCCAGGGUGUCCCAGGGUCUAAAUUUCGGGCGCACGAGGUGUCUUCGGCAGGUCACUUUUGGCAAGAAACACCGGAAUCCGGGGGUGGCGAGCCGGUCGCUCGUGUGCUAAUGCAUGCUGUUGGGACUUUUGCUGAGGGACUACUCAAAGAUGCAGCAGCGCCUGGUUGA